GAUGUGGAAUUGCCACGUUCCACACAUGACUUGACAAACUCUCAGUGUUUUGAGGUUAAGAAAGUCUUAGCUUGCAUCUUUAUCCGCUUUUCUGUGAUUUUCCGAGGAAAAACACCCCCAGAAGUUCAGUGCGCGCUACAGAAGACUGCUCCGGACGACUGACUAUGGAUCGCUUGCUUCGCUUGGGCGGCGCAAUGCCGGGACUGACGCAGGCGGCUCCGCCAACGGACGCCCCCGUGGUGGACACGGCCGAGCAGGUGUACAUCUCCUCCCUGGCGCUCCUCAAGAUGCUCAAGCACGGCCGGGCGGGCGUGCCGAUGGAGGUCAUGGGCCUGAUGUUGGGGGAGUUCGUGGAUGAUUACACCGUCCAGGUGAUCGACGUGUUCGCCAUGCCGCAGACGGGCACUGGGGUGUCCGUGGAGGCCGUGGACCCUGUCUUCCAGGCCAAGAUGUUGGACAUGCUGAAGCAGACCGGGCGUCCGGAGAUGGUCGUCGGCUGGUACCACUCCCACCCGGGCUUCGGCUGCUGGCUGUCCGGCGUGGACAUCAACACGCAGCAGUCAUUCGAGGCGCUGAGCGAGCGCGCCGUGGCAGUCGUGGUGGAUCCCAUUCAGUCGGUGAAGGGCAAAGUGGUGAUCGACGCCUUCCGGCUCAUCAAUCCCAACAUGCUGGUGCUGGGCCAGGAGCCGCGCCAGACCACCAGCAAUCUGGGCCACCUGCAGAAGCCCUCCGUGCAGGCGCUCAUCCACGGUCUCAAUCGCCACUACUACUCCAUCAGCAUAAACUACCGCAAGAACGAGCUGGAGCAGAAGAUGCUGCUGAAUCUGCACAAGAAGUCCUGGAUGGACGGCCUCACGCUGGCCAACUACCACGAGCACUGCACCAUCAACGAGACCACGGUGUCGGAGAUGCUGGAGCUGGCCAAGAACUACAACAAGGCUCUGGAGGACGAGGAGAAGAUGACGCCCGAGCAGCUGGCGAUCAAGAAUGUGGGCAAGCAGGACCCCAAACGGCAUCUGGAGGAGAAAGUGGAGACGCUCAUGCAGAACAACAUUGUCCAGUGUCUGGGCGCGAUGCUGGACACAGUCGUGUUCAAGUGAUUCUCACAUCCUCCUCCUCAUCCCUGGGCAACUCUCCUUGCCUGUGCGCCUCUAGAGUUAAUCUUCUCCCCCUGUACUUGAAGCUUUUUUAAAUGGACAAAAUCAC